AUGCAAUUGUCAAUAAUCGGUACUUUGUACAUCACACUCAACUGUACUUUGAUUCACUCCAAUCUAUCUCUCCUCACUGCACUCUCUUCCCCCAUCUCUUCAUUUCACUACUAUACCAAACUUUCAAUCGUUACUACCAGGUACAUCCAAUCCAAUUCGUACCUACAUCCUACUCGAUCUCUCAAACCCAAUUGCUUUGCUUUACUUUGCUUUACUUUUGCUUUGUCUCUGGCUGCUUUAACACUCUCAUUCUUCGAUUGCCCACUUCGAUUUCAAUCAUCAUACAACACAGACCACUCAUCAGCCCCAAACUCUUCGCUUGUCAUUACCGAACCGGUCUGGCUCAAUUCAUCCAGCUUACUUACUGAUCAAAAGCAGCAGGAGCCCAGUCUUUCAACUUACAUUAUCUCUGGUACCCCAAAUAUCUUAUUUGGUCUGCUUCCCUUUGACCAUCUUCGACCCUCCACAACUCAACCCAAAUUUGUGUGGUCGAGUUUGUCAACAACGAAACACACAACAAGAAUGAAUAAAUUAUCAAACCUCGGUCGCGAUAUGAGGCACUGGUCAGGUCCAGGAUUUGGCAUGUCGCGACAAAAUCAAAUGAAUGGCAUGUCCUCAAUGCCGCCUCACACAAAACCGACUCCUUCACCAGCGCUGGCACCAACCCCUGCGGACUCUACUAUCCACUAUUCAUUCAACAUCCCCUUCGCUUCCGAUCUCGCCGGUCCAAAUACUGAGGAUAUUCUUUACGCCACGGCCAAUGCUGUUCUGAGAUGGACACAUCCCAAAGACGCGCCUGAUGACAUUCCUGUAUGGAAGUUGCCGGUACACACCUCAAAUAUCGAAAUUCUCUCGAAACUUUGCGCAGCUAUCACCAAUGGACCUUUGCCUAUCUUGGCUGACGUCGCUGUCACCACGCCUAAACGUCCCACUGCCUCCCCAGCACAGGUUACAACCGUUACUCUCUCGGGAAGCCCGGAAUUGGUACACAAGAGCAGAGAAACGAUCUUAAAUGAUACCCCUAUCGCCUUGCGUUGUGCAGUCAUAGAUGUUGACGGAGACUUGAUUAUUGAUUCUGCGAUCUCAGGCUUGAGACAAUCUGUCGUUGAACAUUUGGACAAAGUUGCCGCGUUCUGCGGUGUUGAUAUCUUCUUAUUAGGUCCAAAAUUUCCUUCGUUGGCCGAUGGACUCAGCAGCAAUGGUGAGGCAGGAAGGGAUCAACGCUGGAGAAUAGCAGUCUAUGGAGAUAUGGAGAGCGCUGAACACGGAAAGACUAGAAUAUUGGUCUACAUUGACAGACUACUUGGUCGUGUAGCUGAUGUAGCAUCUCUCGAGCUUUCCCUUCACACUGUCAUAUGUGGACGAUCCCGCAAGAACAUCAAGAUGAUCGAAUCCUCUACUAACACGGCUAUCUAUUUUCCACCUCCCUUCUCACAGGUUUACAAGUAUUGUCCAGAGGGUGCUCAGCGACGAAACCCCGAGGAGAUUUUCAUUACUGGCGACAGAGCAGAAAACAUAGCCGCAGCCAAAAGCAGAAUCCACGAGCUUGUUAGAAUGACGAGGCUCUUCAUGAAAGAUGCCCAUGUGACUGCCGCUAAGAUCGACAGCAUUCUCUUGACUAGAAUGGACAAGGUUCGUAAAAUUAUGGAGACAAACGGAACAUUUAUCCAGUUCCCAGCUCUUGCUUCUCAACGUAGCAUGAUCAGAAUCCAAGGAAUUGAAGGUCUCCACGUGGAACGAACAGUCCGCGAGCUCAUGCUGAUGGGAGUACAAUUUUACAGCGCGUCGUGGUGGAUCCAACAGCCACCAAAUCAGCCACCUUUACAACCAGCUCCACCUCAGUUAAGAGCAAUGUUGGUAGAUAUCUGUUCAUAUUCUUCAGCAGAUGUGACAUACGAUAAGCUACAAUGGACAAUAACUGGUUCUGACGAAGCUGUCAAAGAUGCGUUGACCAUCAUUAGCAACAUCCCGUUGAACAAGCGAGGAUUCGCCUAUCAAAUUCGAGUGAAGCUUGAGCUAGCGAAUGAGCACAAGGAGUUUGUUAGUGGCAAGAAGAAUGGAAAGAUUAACAAGAUCAUGGGCCAAAGCAAUGUUCAAAUUAUAUUUGACGGAUUCAAUGAGUACAACUUCAACAUUGAUGUUUGCGGAAACAAUUACGAUCAAAUGGUUACCGGUCUCAACCUCGUCGAGCAAGAGAUGCCAGCCCAAAUAUCUUUCCAUGUUCCUGAUCAAUACCAUAAGCGCAUUAUCGGCAUUGGUGGUCAACACAUUCAAAGAAUCAUGAAGAAGCAUUCGGUUUUUGUUAAAUUCUCCAAUGUCAUGGAUCGUGGUGGACCCAAUCGUGAGGAUGAUGAUAUCAAGGCCGACAAUGUUAUCUGCCGAACUCCAGCUCGUAAUGCUCAAAAUCUAGAGCUUGUGAAGGCCGAAAUUCUCGAUAUGGUCGAUCGAGUUGAUUCAGAAUUCACUUCUCAGACUGUCAAUGUUGACCGAUUGUAUCAUCGAGAACUUCUAACUCGUCUUGACCAAAUUGAGGACUUGGAAAAGAAAUGGAACUGUAAAGUUCUUUUCCCAAGUACCGAGCAAGCUAGUGAUGAUGUCAUAAUCUCAGGACCAGAAUGGCAAGUUCCUCAUUGCGUGGAUGAGUUCCUUGGCAUGGUUCCAGAUAGUCAUGAGCUUGUUUUGGCUCGCACUCCGGAGCUCUUGACAUUUUUGAGCUCCAAUGAAUUCAAGACAGAGAUGGUACCAAAGCUCAAGUCCCAAUAUGUGGUCGAGGUCCAAGUUGAUGAAGAUUCCUCGGAGCUUACCGAGGAUAGUAAACCAACAGUCAUCCUUCUCUGGACUUUCACCAGAAACAAUGCAGGCGGAGUUCGAGAUGCAAUCGAAUUCUUAUUCUCUAACAUUGCCGCAGCCGGUAUUGAAGUUACCACUGUCAAGGGAACAAUUCCUCGUCCCAAGUCCGACUCCUUCGAGGAAUCCCUACCAUUUUUCAAUUCUAAACUCUUACAGCAUGCUCCUGCACCAAUGGCAACUGAUUCACCAACUAAGUCUUCGUUUGGUGAUGAUGUUGCAAGGGAAAGGAGCAACAUUUUUGAUAAGCUUCGCAAGCCUGGUAGCAUGUCAUCAAUUUCUUCAUUCUUGAAUGGCCGCAAGAAUAGCUCCCAAUCUCCUGCCGGUUCUUUCUUCAGGAACGGGUCUCGUAAUGCAUCAAGAACAUCCUUGAUCUCCAUCGAGUCUACACGAAGCUUUAAUGCAGACCGUAACCCAUGGAACGAUAGUGGUGUCAACUUGCCGGACGAUGACACCACACCAUGGCCAACCCGCCAAUUUGGAACUGGCAGUGGCAGUAGCCACGAUAACAAGCACCCACACGGGCAUCCGGGCGAUGCAACACCAAGACAUAGCAUGAGAGCUUCGACCGAUAGCGGUCGCCCUUCAACUUCUAAUUCUACAAACUCAGGAUACCCCGGUCCAAUUGGACCACCGCGUUCUUAA